AUUUUUACGAAAUUUAAGUGAAAAUUGAUGUUUUUAAUCAUGAUCUCGAGCGUCAGUUUGUAGUUUUGAAGGUAUUUUAACGAAAAAUCAUCGAAAAAGAGGAAAAUGCAACGUGCUUUCGCCCAAAAAUUGUCCAAACAACAUGCCACAGAUGUGCGGAAAAAUGUCGCAAAUCACAUCGUACCGACGGAAACAUCGUCAAUUGGUUCAUCGGUCUCCUUGAACGAACUCAUUGAACCUCUUGACUUUGAAGAGUUCUUGCAGCAACAUCAAAACGCCAUUUAUCGCGAUCCCUUGCGAAAUAUUUUGGAUUUUCCCCUCAACGACAUCCAAGUAAAUCUCAUAGACCGAAAAUUACGCACCGUUGACUACGUUUUGCCGCAAGGAGAGUUAUCGUCGUUGCCGCAUUACGUUCAGCAUUGCAUCGGAGCGUUCACGAGACCUUUUAAAGUUGUCGAAUUCAGUCAAAGGCAUCAUUCCAGUUCGAAUGGGAGUCGUUCGAGGCUUGAACGAACAUGCAGUGUGUACCAUCAAGAGUUCGAAAUUGAUCAAGAUUACGAUUUGAGCUCGUUGGAUGAGACUUUGGUGUAUCAGAGUGACAGUUGUACGCCAAGUAGUCGUCAAAGUAUCGCGAGUUUGUCGUCAGUAUCGACUCUCGUGUCAAGUACGGACACUUUAACGCCCCGCGGAUCAUGGGCUUCGUUCGAUUUGAGAAGUUCGGCGAAUGAUCCGCUCAUCGAUGGCAUCCUUGAACGCGUUCAACCCGAAAAUAUCGAUCAAAUUAACGAAGCGAAGCGUUUGGAGGAACGCGUUGAGAACCUUUUUAGUCUUUAUCCGGACAUCGAGAUCGAAGAUGCCAUCGAGAGACGUCCCCCAGCGAAAAUGCCGCACGAACAUUUGGGAAAUCGCAUUUUUGUAAAGUGUCAUCAACUGAAACUCGAACUCGAGUUUGAACCAAUUUUCGCGCAAAUGGCUUUGUACGAUGCCAAAGAGAAGAAAAAACUUUCGGAGAAUUUUUACUUCGACAUGAACUCCGAAGGGCUCAAUAAGAUGCUCUCGACACACAUUCCCUUCGCCGAUCCCAGUUCAAAAGCGCGUGGCGGGAUUUUUGAAAUUUCAGAACCGAGUAACGACUUAUUUCUCGUCAUAAAAUUGGAAAAAGUCCUUCAACCGGAUUCAAUUGAAGCGUAUUUGAAGGAUCGCGAAGACAAAGAAAAGUACAUUGACAAGCUGAAAUCAAAUGCGGCGGAUUAUUGUGAACGUUUGGGCAAAUAUCGACAACCUUUUGCAUGGACCGGCAUUUAUUUGAACAAUAUUUUCAACGGAGAGUCGUACAAUGAUGACAAAAGUGAACGAGAUAGCAUCGGGACAAGCAUUUCUUCGAAUAGUUUGGAUCGGAAAUCAUCAACGAGCAGUUUUGAGCAGUUAAAAAAACGUGCUGUGGAUAUGGGAACACUUUCACGUCGCGGAUCGCUUGAAAGAAGUCGCACGGAGAAACGUCGUUCAUGGUCAGCGGAAGAUUUCGCGAAUUGCGUGGAGAAUUUCCGACCAAUUUGCAUCACGGUAUCGAGUUUUUUCAAACAAGAACCCGAAAAAAUGCGAGAUGAAGAACUUUAUAAAUUUCUCCCUGAGUUGAAAAGACCCAGUUCGGUUGUCAAACGAUACAAAUGCAUACCCGGAUCAAUAAAACUUGAGAUAACUCCCUUUCCGGAUGUCAAAAAUUGUCUUACUCCGGAACUGGCGAAGCUUAAACCGUUCUCCGAUGAAAAUAUUCGACCUAUUAAGGAAGUUCUUGAGUUUCCAAUUGCUCCGAUUUUCAAUCCGCAUUACAGUUAUCGCAAUUUGCUGUACAUAAAUCCGAAAGAAUUGAACUUUACAGCUGCUCGAGCAGGGCAAUCCGCGAGAAAUAUCGCUAUUCGCAUUCAACUCAUGGCUGGAGAGAAACCAUCCGAUGCUCUUCCCCUGAUUUUUGGCAAAAGUUCAUGUCCUGAAUUCAGUACGGAAGCUUAUACAGCAGUUACUUACCACAAUAAAUGUCCCACAUUUUACGAUGAGAUUAAAAUUUCUCUUCCAGCUGAGCUGCGACAAAAUCAUCACAUACUUUUUACCAUUUUUCACAUUUCGUGUCAAAAGAAGGAACUUGAACCGAAAGCUGUUGAGACUCCUAUUGGGUAUACGUGGCUUCCAAUUCUCUCGGAAGGUCAUUUGAACAUCGGAGAACAUGCGUUGCCCAUCAUGAUUGAAGAACCGCCGCCAAAUUAUUCGUACAUUCCGCCCGUUCAGCUUCCGGGAACGAAAUGGCUUGACAAUCACAGGCCCGUUUUUACAGUUACGGUUGAAGCUUCGACGUCGAUUCAUACGUUGGAUCCGUAUUUGGAUAAAUUUUUCAUGCUUUGUGAGUGUUUGGAGACGAGGAAAAUUCCGCCGCAUAUUGGAGAGUCGAAUAUUGAGAAGGAAUUUAAGAAGGCGUUGGCGAAUUUGAAGGAAGCGGAUUUGAUUCAGUUGGUGAAGAAUUUGCAAAUGGUCUUUGAUAAGUUGAUUGAAUUGUUUGUGACGACUUAUAAGAUUGGAGGACAGAUUUUGUCAUUGGCGCCUAUUAUUUUUGAGAGUAUUUGUCAGUUGUUGGAGAAAUUAUCAACACUUUCUCACGAUCAAUAUGGUCGCCAAAGUCUCGUUUCAACGUACAUUCAAUUCCAAGCAAAAAUUCCGCAUCCUCUGGAUCUCAAGGCAUCCGCUUCAAACAAAGAAGGCGAUGAAUUAGGUCGAAGUUCGAGCAAUCCUGAUCUCUAUUUCGCCUCCGUUUUAUCUGGAAAAACUGUCGAUCGAACAACUUCCAUGCGAAGCGAUUACUCCCCAACUGGAUUGGGACCCAAAGAUGGCGUCGUUCGACUUUUGCACGAAGAACUCGCCUUGCAUUGGGUUGUUGCGAGCGGAGCUGCUGCAACUUUAUCUCUCACAAAUUCGUGGAUGUUGUUCGAACUCAUGAUCAAAAGUAUGAUCGAACAUCUUCACAUCACGAAUCAACUUCAGUCGAAUCGCAAGACACGCUUCCCACAUUCCUUCACGGAUGACAUUUCAACUCUCGUGAAUUUAAUUACGACGAAAAUUAUUGGAUAUCAUAGCACGGAUCCGAAAUUGGCGACGUCUAUUAAUGCGAGUUUGGCAUUUGGCAUGUUUGAUUUGCUGUCAAUUAUGGAUCGCGGCUUCGUUUUUUGCUUGGUUAAGAUUUAUUAUAAACUCAUGACGAGCAAAAAUACGUCGAUACCGGAUUUGAUCCAUUAUAAAGUUGAUUUUUUGCGGAUUUUGUGCUCGCAUGAACAUAUUGUGGCAUUGAAUUUACCGUAUGGGACGCCGUUUACGACAAUUAGUGCAUGUUCGAGCCCAACGCCGAGUAUUACGUCGUCUAAUAGCGGAAAUUCAUUCCCAAAUUCCGACAAAGCAUUAUACGCCGAACUCACAUCCGAAUAUCGUGCGCAACAUUUCCUCAUCGGCUUGAUGCUUUCCGAGCUAAUUGGCGUCAUGGAGUUAUCUAACUCCGACUUACAUGGUCAAUCUAUCCGCGCUUUACGUGACUUACUCGCAUCUCACGACACAGACCCCCGUUUAACGGAUCCCGAAGCGAAAGCUCGUGUCGCUGUCCUGUAUUUGCCUCUUCUUGGCAUCGUAAUGGACAUUAUUCCGCAACUUCAUUCAUAUUUGCCCGAAGAUCACGAUCGCAUGCACACAAUUGGCUUGCUGGAAGACUACCAAGGACCCACGGGCGUUGUUUCCGACACAAUUAGUCCCGAAGUUGCGUAUGCCAUCAGCGGAAGUCGCAUGUACAACUUCGUACAAGAACCGAUGAAGAACAAAGUGCCAUUAAGUAGCAUCAAUACACGUCAUUUGCUGGCUUCUUUCUUAUGGGUGAUCAAAAAUAUCGAAAAAACUGUACUAAAUAAGUGGGUUUCGGGUCUUUCGCCGCAUCGAUUGUACCAAAUGUUGCAAGUUUUGAACAUUUGUAUCCCGUGCUUCGAGUAUAAGGGCAGGAAAAAGCCAACAGUUCGCCGGGCACAAACGCAAAGUUUCAGAAAAACGCCGGAUAUGAAGGAAAAGUUGGAAGAAUAUAUCAGAGGAACGGGAAGUGCACGCACGGAACUCAUGAAUCGCAGAAAAGAUCGAAAUUCAACCGAAAAAUAUCGUUUCAAGAAGGAUCAGAUGCCAUAUCGCACGGUUUUCUACGAUUAUCAAGUGAAGGGCGCCGAAAAUGACUGCGAAAGUAACCAACAUAUCGACGGAGCUCUCGCAACGGAAGUUUCCUUGACAAUUCUCGAUACGUUGGAGCUUAUCACGCAAGUCGCGUUCAACACGGAGAUCCAUACGAGCAUUUUGAGCACCGUGAUGAAAGUUUUGCUGCAUUCGCUGUCACGAAAUCAAAGUGUUCAAGCUUUACAGAACAUUUUUGCGACUCAGCGAUCAAUUAUUUACAAAUCUCACAAUCUUUUGUUCGACGACGAGUCAGAUAAUUGUGCGGAUUUGUGUCUUUUACUCCUGAAACACUGCGGAAGUCAAUUGCCAUCCGUAAGAUCGCAAGCAGCAGCUUCUCUAUAUCUCCUCAUGAGACAAACUUUCGAAAUUGGAUCGAAUUUCCCGCGAGUCAAGAUGCAAAUUACUCUUUCGUUGUCGUCAUUGGUUGGCACGAGCUCAACUUUCAGCGAAGAUUCGUUGCGGAAGGCGUUAAAGACGAUUCUCGUAUAUGCCGAGACAGAUUCCGAUGUUCAAGACACGACUUUCCCCGAACAAGUGCAAGAUUUGCUCUUCAAUCUGCACAUGAUCCUCUCCGAUACGGUCAAAAUGAAGGAAUAUUCGCAAGAUGUCGAGAUGUUGAUCGACUUGAUGAACCGCAUCGCAAAAGGAUAUCAAAAUAGUCCCGAUUUGCGACUCACGUGGCUCGAAAAUAUGGCGAAAAAGCACAUUGAACGCAGUAAUUACACGGAAGCAGCCAUGUGUUACAUCCACAGUGCGAGUCUCGUUGCCGAAUACUUGAGUAUGCUCGAUUCGCAAAACCAUCUUCCCAUCGGAGCAGUUUCCUUCACGCAAAUUUCGCCAAAUACGUUGAUGGAAUCCGCUGUUUCUGACGACGUCAUUAGCCCAGGUGAAGAUGGAAUCUUUUUAGGGAAUAGAUUCACGGAGACAGGCUUGAAAACGCUUUUGGAAGAAGCUGCGAACUCGUUACAGAUUGCCGGGAUGUAUGAAGUUAUGAACGAUGUCUAUCGCGUAUUGAUUCCAAUUCAUGAAGCAUCUCGAGAAUUUCAAAAGUUGAGCAAAAUUCAUGGAAAGUUGCAAGAAGCGUUUAAUCGGAUUGCGCAAUUGAAUGGGAAACGACUUUUUGGAACGUAUUUCCGUGUUGGGUUUUAUGGAAAUCGAUUUGGAGAUUUGGAUCAGCAGGAGUUUAUUUACAAAGAACCGACUUUGACGAAGCUCAGUGAGAUUUUUAGUCGUUUGCAGAGCUUUUAUUCCGAGAGAUUUGGUCCGGAUGUCGUUCACAUCAUAAAAGAUUCGAAUACGGUGAAUGUCGAGACGUUAGAUGCGGAUAAGGCGUACAUUCAAAUCACAUAUGUCGAACCUUAUUUUGAGACUUAUGAGUUGAGACAACGGGAGACGUAUUUCGAGAGGAAUUUUAAUAUCAAACGUUUCAUCUUCGCAACUCCCUUCACGAAAUCCGGCAAAGCGCAUGGCGAACUCAACGAGCAAUACAAACGAAAGACGAUUCUCACGACGAGCGAAUAUUUCCCCUACGUAAAGACCCGAAUUCAGGUUGUAGCAAGAGAAUCCAUUAUUUUAGAACCCAUCGAAGUUGCUAUCGAAGACAUUCAAAAGAAGACUUUGGAGCUCGCAGCUGCAAUAAAUCAAGAACCUGCCGAUCCAAAAAUACUUCAGAUGGUUUUGCAAGGCUGCAUUGGCACACAAGUGAAUCAAGGACCUCUCGAAAUGGCAUUAACUUUCUUGCAAAAUAUUUCCGAUGGCACGACAAUUCCCACGAAACAUCAGAAUAAACUUCGAUUGUGUUUUAAGGAUUUCUCGAAAAAAUGUCACGACGCCCUCAAGAAAAACAAAGGCUUAAUUUUAGCCGAUCAAAAGGAUUAUCAACGAGAGCUCGAACGUAAUUAUGUACGUUUCACGGAGCGCUUGACACCUCUUAUUACAAUUACUCCUCUUCAAACACAAGGAUUGAUCAACUCAAUCGCAUCAAAAAAUAACAAAUUUACACCUUUACGAUGGUAAAUCAUCGAAAAUUAGUAAAAUAUACCAAAGUUUCCUAUAAAAUAUAGGAAUUUAAAAGGAACAGUGUUCUGAGAUUAUCUUCUAAAUAUUUACUCUAAAUAUUGAUAUCAUUAGCAAAACAUGACAAAAAAAAUAUUUUUCCUUAUUUUUAA